AUGCCCUCACCCAACGAUGCACGAAAGGCGACUCCCAAGAAGACGCCGGAGAAGAAGACCGACUUUGGUCCGCAGUUAGCGAGGAAGAGAUCCCAGGACUUCGCGGCUAAGAUCCAGGGCUGGAAUCAGGCUGGAGGCGGCAUUGUGCAACAACAAGAUGAAGUGGUUGUGAUUGCGGAACCGGAGUCGGCAGUUGGCAAGGUCAACAAGGAAGCGCAGAAUGAAAUCUUGGUGGAGACGGAGACCAUCGUCCCGGCUGCGGAGGUGGUCGUGGAAGAGAUCUUAGGAGUUACAUCUUCGAGACAAAAAAGGCCGCGAUCACCGACAAAAGCUACACCAAAGACUUCUGGAGCUCCCAAGUCGAAGCAGGAGGUCGAUCUGAGUCGAGGCGCAUGGGUCCGGCGGAAGAGCAAGCCGCAGGUCGAGUCCCCCGAAGUGAAACAUGCGGGAACGCCUAAGAAGCGAGUUGUCAGCGACGGCCACUGGCGACGAGACCGACCUCCAAAAGAGGAGACGCCGGUCAAAGAAGAUAAGGAGAAGGACACGACACCAAAGCCGAUGACGGUCCGGAGGAGUGUUGCGAACGUUGGCUUGAAGGUUCCGGUAUCACACCAAGACUUUUCGGACUCGGAUCCUGAGCCACAUCGAGCACGGCCUUUUAGAAAGUCGCGAUCGAGGUCUGGGUCGCCAGAUGGGCGAGGAGCUACUCCAGACUUUGAGUCCAGUGGAACGAGAGUGUACAUCAAGCGUCGUAUUAGGUCAAAACCUCAGGACGACGAUGUCAAAGAGAAUAGGGAUCCACGAAAGUCCGAGAGUAGCUUUACCGCACCAUCCUCAAUCGACAAGCCGAGCACGGCGACAGACAUCACGGAGCCGGAUCCAGUCCCCCCGAAACAGACUCCCAAACGACCAGUGUCAGCACCGCGAGAGAGGCUUGAGAAGAGCGAACCGAGGGAGAGCAUGCCUCGUCCAAAGACCGCCAGACCGUCACCAGAAGAUCGCAUAAAGUCCAGGAAUCUUGAAGACCAGCGACUGAAGCCCUCCAAAUCGGCAGAGGCAUAUGCUAAGAAGAUCACGGAGCCAAUCAAGAAGCCUGCGGGCUUGCCAGCAUCGCCGGUGGCACCAAAGGUCUACGGCAACCGUAUCGAAGGAUGGCUUGCCAACAUGCCAGACGACCCAUUCACAGAAUCUCGAUCGUCAUUGACACCUGAGCCACUCGAUAUCCCGAAAAGGAAGUCGAGACGACGUAUGGACACUGAGCAAGACGCAGAAGAUAGUGGAGAGCGUCGCAAGAGUAGCGGCGGCAGACGAAGCUCGCGUCAAGAUCAUGAGCAACGGGAUUCGAACGAGAAAGAUCAGCGCCAUGCAGAUGAGGACCGCUUUGCUUCGUACCCUGGCACACCCACGGGACUGAAGCGAAUGGGCGCCCGGCGAAAGUCAAUGUCUCCAGUGAAGAGAGAAAGAGGAGAGAGUCGUGAGACUACGCCCACUGCGAAUGACCCGAUCAUGAGUGGUGCGCUACCAAUUCCGUCAAAAGAGAGCUCUCGAAAUUCUUCCGCAAACACGCAGACUGGGAAGGUCCGAAUACCAAGUGGCAGCAGAACACUGUCGACCAUCAUGUCCAUCGACACUCUUCAGCCUCCACACUCGGAUCCGCGCAAGCGACACGCUGCUCCGAUGUAUGACGAUAUGAGUACUAUUCACGAAGGAAGCGUACUAUCAAGAGCUAGUGACGGUGACAGCCCGGUCAGAAGAGCCUCUGGUGUGAAACGGAGAGGCACCAAGAAACACGCAGAUCUCAUUUCGGUACUUUCAAGAGACGAUGCCCACACCAUCGUAUCAUCGAGAAGCAUGCGUGCCAGUCGACGACGCCCUGAGGCGGCCACGGUUGGCGACAUUAUGAAUGAGUUGUCGGCUGACGAACUCAAGUAUCAACGAGAGCUGCGAUCUUUGGUGGAUGGUGUUAUUCCUGUACUGUUACAGCAUGCACUCGCAGAGCCAGAGAAGGCAUCUGGAUCCAGAGUCUUAAGCAAGCCGGCACGUGAUACAAAGCCAAUCGUGGACAUGGGUAUUGCUUUGGAAAGGCUGAAGACUACGCACCGACGUAUUCCCAUGCACGAGCCUAGCGAUCUCUUGGUUUGGGCGGAUAGUGCCUCGAAGGUCUACGCUGACUAUCUCAAAGUAUGGCGCCUCGGUUUUAAGCACAUCGUGGUCAACCUCGCGCCAGCUGAGCAAACACCAAACCAGAACGGAUCACCCGCUUGGGACGACGGUCUGCCACGUAACAAGGAUGGAGAUUUAGUUGACGGCUCAGGGGAGCGUGUCGACGUUGCAUAUCUGCUGAAGCGACCCCUGGUCCGUCUCAAGUAUUUGGCAAAGACGUUCAAGGGUAUCAAUCAGCUGCAGCCAUCUGCUAAUUCAGAGGACAUGACCGCAAGGUAUCAGGACCUGAUUCUGGAAGCGAAGAAACGUGUGAACGAUGAGCAGGCAAGGCUGGAGGACGAGGCUGCUGCCAGCAUCGAUGCUACAAGAUCACGAGAUCCACGAAGUCUUGCACCAGUCACUGGAGUCACAAUUGAUCCAACGAGAUCCGUUCGUGCUCGGGACUACUUCGACAUGGACCUUACACAUUCUAGCGGGCAACAGCUUGGCUGCAAGAUCGAGAUCAUCUACAGAGACGAUGCACCUGAUCGCGGCAAAGCAGGAGACAUUCUAGUCUGCGAGAUGGCGACAACUGGGCGCUGGCUCCUGUACCCGCCUCUUCCGAUCAGCUUGGUCUCAGCUCGCGAAGGCGACAGACCCGGAGAGCUUGUGGUCAUGAUUCGAGGAUUCCUGUCCAACGCAAGACAGUGGCGGGAGAUCAUGUCCCUACAGGCUGACGACGAAGCCACCAGCGCGGACUGGCUGCAAAUGCUUGGUUCAUCACCUCUGCCUCCCCGCCUCUCGAGGAAAUCGAGUUUCAACAUGCUCAAAGAAACGCGUGUUCCUGCAUCGGGGUCAGAGGAGCCGAAAUCUGGGUCAGGUGACAUGCCUGACAAGAGCAGGGAUCCCUCUCCCCGUGAGGUCGAAGUCCCUCUCGGAGAAAGAGCCAAGGCAAGCUCCCGCAUUUGGGAUGGCAGCGAAGUUAACAGUGUGUCUAACGAUGAUGCAUCUGCGCCUCCGCACCGGACCAAGGCCAAGAGAUACCGCAACACGCUCUCCUCACCGCCCCACCCCGAUGAAAUUCGUAACGCUGGCAGGGAUAGCGCUACACAGCCAGCGUAUUUUUACGAACAACCACAUCGAGAGGUACAUUCGGAACGGGCAGCAAGGCGACCAGUGUCCGGCUACGCAAGGUCGCAAUCGGAUUGGACAACAUCUUCAAUCACCGAUACUAUGAGCACACAGAGUUACAGCGUUUGGCUACCUUCCGAAGAUACACGUACAAGGCUGUCGGACGAAUCAAGUGGGGAUGAAGAUGACAGAACCGCACGUCGGCCAAGCACUAAACGGCCUGGUAUGCACAGAAGGACAUCUUCAGUACCUUCUCUGGAUAUGCCGUCCAUACCGAAGGUUCGGAAGAGCAGCCAAGCUGAGCCGAAGCGUCCGGAAAGUCCUUCAUCGGACAGAGACCUUCUCCCAUCCCAGAGAAAGCCUGCAGAGGAUAGAGUUGCAGAGCCGUCGUCUGCUCCGGCGAAGAUGCAGAAGCGUCGACUUUCAAUGUUCAAGUCCAGCAAAGACCCACAGCCAGAGCCACUUGCAACUCCAGAAAGGGCACCACAGCCACCACCACACACACAACCUAAGCCGCGGCCAAUGUCUCUUGGUCUUAAAUCGGGACUCAUACCGUCUCUGACUCCGGCCUUCCUGAAGAAGGACCGACGACCAUCCUCGCCACUCAAGCACGAGUAUGAACCGUCUUCGGCUUCAGACUCCUUGAGUGACAGCGAUUACUCCGACGAUGUCGAGGGAAUCGAAUCUGAUACUUCUGAAUCCACGGUCGAGGAAGUUGACGUUGUUGAGGAUGGCGUAUCAACAGUCGGCACUCUAAACGGAUUCCAGAAGUACAACAGGAGGGAUUUUCGCAAGUCUCCUCCACCAGUCUCAGAGCCAGCAAUCCAUGGGGAGACCCUGACGCCGUCUGAGUCGGCCUCACAAUCCCCGUAUCGUAGUGUGCCGCCCACUGCUACGGAGCCGGCGAAGACCGUAGCCGAUAUCUUCUCAUGGUCUGAGCGCGGCUCGUGGGACCCUCUUCACCCUCAAGAGUGCCAAAUCUUCGUCACACCUGGGCUUAUUGAAGCUUUCGAUUUGGCCCAAGCCAAUGCUGUGUCUUUGACAAACGAAGACGGCGAACGUUGUACCCCGUCUUCGAAAGGAGUCAAGCCGCUUGUGGCAUUGGAGCUCACUCCAUUAGUGCCUCUGCGACGUGGUACGGCUGUCGACAUCUCCGUUCGAUCCCCGCCAACGGCAGGCUCACUGAUUCGAACCGGGAACAAUGUCAUGUUCCGGUCACGAAGUCCAGAAGAAUGUGAGAAGUUGUACGCACUCAUCAACAGAGCUCGCAUCGACAACCCAACCUACAUUGCUCUCCAGAACGCCAGAGGUCCAUCUCAAGGAGGUGGCUGGGCAGAGGCGAUGGAUCGCAGGAACGCCGCUCGCACAGUGAGCUCGGGCACUUCAAGAUCUUGGUUCAACUUGGGCUCUCGCAAGAGUGGCUCUUACCGCUCCAAGGGAAGCAGAACCGCAUCCAUUGCAGCGACAGAAUCAUCAGUCGGCACCAUGAGCUCUGCAUUCUCAGCUCUACGUCGGUUCAGCGGAGGCAGUCGCAUCUUCAACAUCGCCAAGAGUACCAUUACCUCUAAAGAGGGCACGCGCAGCACCAACAGUGAAUCUCUGUCUUCGGGCGUGGCAACUCCCGUUCCAUUUGAUCCAAGCCUAGGAACGCCACUCGGCAUCACGAACGCGAAGAUUCGGCUCUAUGUCCGCGACUCGCCUUCUAAAUGGCGAGACAUGGGCGCCGCUCGUCUGACUGUCAUGCUCCCGCCUCGUCAAGAUCCUCUUGUCGCUGCGAAUCCAAAGAGUACCAGCAUCGAGAAGCGCAUUCUGGUGUACGGAAAGAGUAAGGGCGAAACUCUCCUGGACGUUACGCUUGGGGAGAGUGCUUUUGAACGUGUGGCUAGGACUGGUAUUGCUGUUAGUGUGUAUGAAGAGACGGAUCAGGUUGCUGCUACGGGGGGUGUGCUUGUUGCGAAGACCACGACUUAUUUGGUCCAGAUGAAAUCGGUAAGUUUUUGUCUAUCCGUCCCCUGCUAAUGACGUGGUUGUUUGUUGUACUGAUCUGUGAUUCAGGAACGCGACGCUGCGUAUACUUUUGGCUUGGUGGGCAAGCUGAGGUACUAA